UUAUCCUUUAGUUUGAAUGCUCUCCAUCCCCAAGUCUCUUUAUUGUUUCACCAGAUCGUCUACUCUAAUCUGUGGAUUGCGUGGAUUUAGUGAGGUUGCGAAGCCUCGAAGAAAAGUUACAGUUUCUACGAUUGCCUCGAAGUAUCGCAAAGGGGAGAAGAUCACGAUGAGCACUGCCUACACCUACCCGGAAGCGCUUUGGGUGGAUCAAGCAGGAAUUGAUAUGAUUUUAGUUGGCGACUCUGUAGGAAUGACAGAAAUGGGGUAUUCCACCACUCUCCCCGUUCAAUUAGAAGACACCCUUCUGUUUUGCAAAUGCGUGAGUCGAGGAGCGAAAUUUCCACUUCUCAUCGGCGACAUGCCAUUUGGCUCCUACGAAGAAUCGAUUUCUCAAUGCAUCCAUAACUGUAUCCGUGUAAUUAAAGAAGGUCAAAUGGAUGCCAUUAAGCUCGAAGGUGGCGUGCGUCGCAAAAACGAAGUCGCUGCACUUUCGCAAUGUGGAAUCGCCGUCCAAGGCCAUAUCGGCCUCACUCCCCAAUCUAUUGGCGCUAUGGGGGGUUUCAAGAUCCAAGGAAAAACAUUCGACGGCGUGAUGAAACUGAUCGAAGACGCGAAGGCGCUCGAAGCUGCGGGCUGCUUUUCACUCGUUUUGGAGUGUGUGCCCGAAUUAGUUGGGGACAUUUUAACCAAAAGUGUCCAUAUUCCUACGAUCGGAAUUGGGGCAGGGGCCCAUUGUAGCGGACAGGUCCUAGUUCUGCACGACAUGUUAGGGCUCCUGGAUCAUCCGAUGAAGAGAAAGUCACCUCCAUCGUUCUGCAAACAGUUUGGAAAUGUCGCGGAAUUGGCGCAUGGUGCAUUAAGUCAGUACCGAGAAGAGGUGAAGAAUGGAACCUUCCCUGCGCCAGAAAACAAUACGUAUAAGAUAACGGACGAAGAGAGGGAGAAGAUGAUGGAAUUGUUGGCGAAGGUGGAGAAGGCGGCAGGAAUUAAGAUGGAAAGUGAGAAUGAUGAAACCACGAAGCUUUACUGACGUGUUUGUUUAGAAAUGAGUUUAACUUGGGAACAACUACUAUCUUUCUAUUAUAAAGAUACAUGCUUUCUCGAAGAGAAUAGGAUUCAAUUAGAUAAGGACGCUUCGGUGGUAAGUUUGAGUUUGUCACGUUUUAUUAAUAGGAUGAUGAAAUAGAAAUGGUAAAGAAGAUAAAUAAGUUACAAAGAGUUCUUGAAAAGAAGGAUGAACUCGCAAUGAAACAACUUCAACAAUAUAGUCAAUUGGAAUCUGUAUUUUCUAUCACUAGUAUGUAAUAAUAAGGAUAUUGAAAUCGAGAGAUUGGAAAGCGAUAUUGACACCUUACUCGAGCAAACAGAUUCAGAAGGCGAAUCUCUACUACAACCAUUUAGUGAACAUAUUGAAUCUGUAACUAUUUUUUAUGAAAGAUGAAUAAUGUAGAGUCGAAAACGUAGUCGGGAAAAAGAAGCCAAAACCAAAUCCAAAUCAAAUGAAGAUGAAGAUGAAGAUGAUGAAAAUUUGGAUAUGUUGGUGGUGUCUUCAGAUCCUCGAAAGAGGCUGCGAUGUCCGAUAACGGGAUCAUUGUUUGUAAAUCCUGUGAAAAAGUAUAUGGAAAAACGUGAAUGUCAUCCAUAGUAUAAAGUGCGGUCAUUGUUACGAGAAGGGGGCGAUUUUGCGCUAUUUAGAUAAAAAGAAAAAUAUGAAUUGUCCUGUAGCCGGUUGCAAGGGAACAGUGACACGAAAUGAUUUAGUGGAAGAUUCGGAUAUGUUAUGGGAAGUGGUAGGUAACAUUUUGGAUUUGAAAUGUAGUGGAGGCAGAAGUAAAGUAGACCUUGGGUGUUCUAUAGUAGUUUUAAUUUGAUUGAAUC